CGCGCUGCGAUACCAUUCAGAGGCACAGUAGAACAGGACACAGAGGGAGAAGAGGGUCAAACUUCCUAUUAAACAUGACAGUGUAGUUUGUCUCAAUUCCGCACAUAAAACAGAUACUACUAAACGUGACGCAGAAAAUCUCCGAAGAGAAGAAAACAUCAAAAAAUUGAGCCAUGCAAAACAAGGCAGGCUUAAACAAGUGCUCUGACCCAGUGCACACAGCAGCCAAUCAGGCCACCAUGCCCCGCGAGCCGAAGGAGAGACGCAAGCGUCGCCGUCAUCCCACGGCGCUCUGCAGCAUCUCGUGCGCAUCCGACCCGCGACUACAACACAAGCAUCCUGUGGAGAUCCCGAUCCAGCGGCCGAUGAGCGCGCGGACGAUCCAUGGGCGCGCUGGAUAUGCGGCGGAGGGACUCCAGCCCCCGGACGAAGACGGUGUGUGCGGGGGAGCGAGCGGAGUCGGUGGGAUCUGACGUGGUGCCGCAGUGACAUCAUCCUGCCCCGGAGCAGCGGAGGAUAAACUGGACGCCAAUUUAUUGUACUCCGGGGCCACGUCUAGCGUCGAAAGCGACUGCAGAACAGGAACGACGACGAAGGGCAAAUGCGCCUCUCACUCUCAACGUGAACGGUUCCUGGUCCCUGCGACAUGAGAGUCGGUCUUCGGGAGUGCUCCAGGAAGGUUCACGCGGAUUUUGCGCCUCGGAGAUGACAGGAAAAGUCCUGCCUGUGCGGGACGAGCGUCGCGGAGUUGGGCGUGUCGCAGCUUGUACACGUGUCCGCUAUUUGAGUCCAUCGAGCCGAGCCACGUGACACGGGAUCCAUCCCCGUUCCCGCCUCAGACGAUGCCCGGGAAGAUUAUGUUUUUAUGAGGAUUAUUCGAUCCUUCGACUGCAUAUUGGCUGGCCUCAACCUGUCUCAACCCUUAGAUUGAACAAAUUAGAGCCAUGGCUUGAACUGUGGGCGCCGGGAUGUCCCGUUCCGUGACGGUGUCCCCGUGACGUCCCGCGCUAAUUUCCUGCCUCACGUCACGGUGAUUCUCAAUUGUUUUCAUCCGCACCCAUCCCCACGACCUCCCCGGUCCCAACCCCAAAGAGCUGUUCAUCAAGCGCAUAUGGACCCCGCGCUGCAUCACGGCAUGUCCACCGUCGACGCGGAGGGCGAAAGCAGCACCGAGAUCGAGGACCGCCUCCUCUCCAUGUCGGCGGGAGAGUCAUCCCGCCUCCGGCGACGGCCUGCCGUCGCGCUGCGCGACACAGGGCCCGCACCGCGCUCCCGGGCGUCGGGGUCGGGCUCCUCCCGCGGUGGCACGGGCAUGGGCACGGGCAGUGGGAGCAGCAGCAGCAUGCGGAAGGAGUGGUACGAGCUGUCGUGUGGGGGCGCCGCCGCCGCGGUGGAGGCACCGCAGUACCCGUGGUCCACCCACAGGGGCGCUACAGAUCUCGAAGGGCGCGAGGGCGCCGAUAAAGACGACUACAACGAUGAUGAUGAUGAUGAAAGAGACGCGCGGCCGCCCGUGGAGAUGAUCCCCGGCCAGCCGGCGCACAAACGACGCCGCCUGUGUGCCGUCCCCCGCACGGAUCGCGCGCGGACUACGAACGGGUGCGGUGGCACCGUGCACGCGCGCGUGGCACAGGGACCGCCGGUGCGGCCGCUUCCCCGGCCGUUUGGGAUGGACCGUGCAGGGAGGGAGCAGCACGAGCGGGAGCAGACAGAGCGGGAGCAGCGAUUGGGGUUCUGGGUCGGCACGGUGUCUGGGCGGCACACCACUGUCGUGCCGCUCGAUGGGGUGUACUUCUCCGAGAAUCAGCGGAGGGCGUUAGAGAUGUUUGCACGGGAUGAAGAGGAUGGGGCUGAUGGAGUGGAUAAGUUUGGCUGCGGACAAAGGGAGUGCGGAUGCGAGAUGCAGGGCGUUGGCUGCGCAGUUUGCGGAAACCCUCUUGGCAUACUGCGUCUCUUCUGCGCCAACCACAAUGGUGGCACGAAUGAAAGCGGAUACUGGUUCUUUCGGGGAGCUGUCAGCGCGACUGCUUUGCCCACAUCGAAUCUCAAUGCUCAACCCACUCGACGAUCGAUGUACGACCGGCGCAGAGACAGCUGGUACACCAAUACUGCCCAGUCCUUUUCGAUGGAGGACUCAGACGACGAUGAAGAAAGCAUGCUUCUGGCUGCACCCCCACCGAUCAGCGUCGAGGAGUUCGAGGAAGCACAGCUAGCAAUGCGACGGCGAGCAAGCCUCGUAGAACGCCGGUCGAGCCUACGAUCCCUCAUUGCCGAUGCUUCCACAGCAGGUGACACAGCUCCUGACCCUCCCGAAUCUUCCACACGUGAGGCUCUUGUUCCCGAUGCCCCGGGGUUUGUCGUCGUGACCGAUGAGAUGGUUGCCGGUGCACCCGCACAGCCUCCGCCGGGAGAUGCUGCUGGUGCUGGUGCUGGUGGUGGCGACGUGGCAAUGGGGGCGGUGGCAGAGAACGAGCCUGCGCCGUCUGCUGUAGACUCUGAACCGAUGCCGUCGGCCUUGGCCUCGAUCGCAGCAGAACGCGCACGGUUGACCGGCCUGCGGGAACGCAUCAGCACGCUCGUGGCCCUGCGCAGCUCUUUGUCAGCGACGGCCAACUCCCCCGCUUCACACGCCGCGGUGACCUCCCUCCUCCAAGGCUUCCGCGACGUCAUCCAAGAUCAGUCGCGCACGCUCACCAGUCUGGGGCGGCUGCUUGAUGGCGCGGAGCAGAGUUCCGCUUCUGGUGCGGUCAGCGACGAGGGCCGCCGCCUGCUUGUGGAUGCACGGGAGACCAUCGCGCGGGCCGAGGCUGCGCUGAGACAUGCGCGGAGAAUGGCAGACUCCGGAGCGACGAGUGUUGCUACCUCCAUGCCCGGCAUGUUUUUCGAUCGUUAGCUUGUGUUUGCGGCUAUGCUUGCUCCCUUAUUUUUCGCUAUUCGUUGCUCUCCUCCUUGCACGCGUAUCAACUUGACCCGGAAGGCUAUGUACAUAGGCAGAUUCAACAGCUUGAGACGGCUGCAAAAUAUUACGAUCUCAUCUCCAUCAUUGAUAUUUUCAGAGUCUCAUUGAUCAGCUGCAAUGCUAUCGAUAAAGUGA